CAGAUGGCAGUUGCUUGAUGACCUGCAGUAAUGACUGUUUGCUCAAACUGUUUAACCUACCUGAACCGCUGCUAACUGGCCAGACAGAAAACCUAGAGGAAAUGACAUCUGUACUGAAGAUACAGGAGUCGGAGACUGUCUACGAUUACAGCUGGUACCCCCUCAUGUCCUCAGCCGACCCUGCAACUUGCUGUUUUGCCACAACCUCAUCCAACACACCAAUCCAUCUGUGGGACGCCUUCACCGGGGAGCUCAGAUGCUCCUACAGGGCCUUUAAUCAAGUUGAUGAGGUGACUCCAGCACAUUGUGUGUCUUUCAGUGGUGAUGGCAGCAAACUGUACUGUGGGUUUAACAAGACAGUCAGAGUGUUUAAUGUUGACAGACCAGGACGGCAGUGUGAACAAAGACUGACUUACAUGAAGGAGGGUCAAGCGGGUAUCAUCUCCUGCAUCGCCUCUAGCCCCCUGGAUGCUGGGCUGUAUGCAGCUGGAUCGUACUCCCGAAGUGUUGCCCUCUACUAUGAGCCUAAUGGAGAGAUGGUAUGCAUGUUCCAGGGCCAUCAAGGGGGAGUAACUCAUAUUCAGUUCACACCAGAUGGCACUAAAUUACUCAGUGGAGGCAGAAAGGACCCGGAGAUUUUGUGCUGGGACCUGCGUAAUCCCGGUCAGAUUCUCUUCACAGCUCCUCGAAAAGUCGAAACAAACCAACGCAUUUACUUUGAUGUAGAUAACUCUGGACGUUACCUUGUCUCAGGUAACCAUGACGGCACAGUUAGUGUAUGGGACAUGACCCGAGCCCCAGCCACUCUCCCAGACUCCCAGGACCCUGUAUUAGAACCUGUGCUGAAUUACAAGGCCCACAAUGACACUGUCAAUGGAGCCAGCCUUCACCCCAGCAUGCCUCUGUUGGUGACAUCCUCAGGACAGCGUCACUUUUCAAACUUGUUGGACAGUGACGAGGAAGAUACAGAUCCUAUCUCAAACAAGGUAGAUAAUUCUGUCAGACUGUGGUACAUGUGAUGCGUAUCAAACAAGGUGGAUAACUCUUGCAUACAGUGCUAAAUCUGACACUAUCACAAGCAAGGUGGAUAACUCUUGCAGACAGUGCUAAAUCUGACAUUAUCACAAGCAAGGUGGAUAACUCUGGCAGACAGUGCUAAAUCUGACACUAUCACGAACAAGGUGGAUAACUCUGUCAGACAGUGAUACAUCAGAUGCUGCCACAAACAAGACUGAUAACUGUCAGACUGUGCCACAUCUGAUACUAUUACAAAUGAUAAGGUAGACAA